CCCCCAUGAGGAAGAGGAGAGCAAGAGGGGUUGAAGUGAAGCCAAAGGAAAGGGGAAGGGCCUGACAUCAACGAGCCAAAACAGCUGCCCCCUUCUCCCCCAUGGAGAGAAAGCAAGAGAAGCCUGAUGGAGCGAGAGAGGGGAAGACUGGAGGGUCUGUAAGUACGUGUGGAGCAGGAGAGAGAGCACCGUACGAGACGUUUAAGGGUUUGUAGAGGCAAAGAGAGAAAGAGGUAUUGGCAAGUGGAAAGGGGGAAGGGAAGAGAGAGAGAGAGAGGUGGUGAGUGUAUGCUUGCAUGCUUUCCGAGUGAGGAUAGCCAGAGAGCAAGGGACAGGGAAGAGUGUAAGAGGAGAGGGGAGGAAAGAGUGGAAGGUCUGUGCUUGGUGACACUUCUUGGAGGGGAGAAAGAGGGUUGUAAGAGGAGAGGGGAAAGGGGGGAAUAGGCAGGACAAGCUGUUAGAUAGAAGGUGUGAGGAGUCACUAGGGGGAAGAACGAACAUGCUGCAGAGGUCCCUUAGAAGACUGCCAGAAACAUAAGGAGGCCCUUCAAACAUGAAGUGUUGAGAGGAGGAAAAAGAAGAGGGACCUUCUGGAGUAAAAAAGCACUCGUCCAGGGCGAGCGGAUAAUAGCUGACGAAACUGAAGAUACAAGGGGAAAGAGGUAUCUGCUGGAAGUAUGGGGUGCAUUCACAGCACGAGCACUGGCAGGUUGAAGAAACAUGGACCUGACGCAGGAGGAAUCCCCGUAAAGGCCCCUGAGGUACAUCCUGAAAUCCUGCAACUUGCUGAGCUUGCCAAAGCAGGAAGCCACGCCUUCACAGAGAGGAGCUUCAAGAAGAGACGCUUGUGCGAUGUAUGCAAGCAGAACAUCGACGACCCUGGGGCUUUCUGCAAGGAGUGCAAGACUGCAGUUCACAAAACAUGUGAAGCCAAGGUGUCUCCCACCUGUAUCUCAACAACGGACCAGCAGGACUCCAUUAAAUCAACAUCACAGAAGAAAAGAGGCUCCAUACCAAGGAGUAAAAGUGUGGAACAAGUGAUGGAGCGUGUGAUGGAGCGCCACUACGAUUUUGACCUCACCUACAUCACGGAGAGGAUCAUCUCUGUCUUCUUUCUGCCAGACCUGGAGGAACAGCGGUACCGCCGAAACCUACAGGAAGUGGCCUCCAUGCUUAAAUCCAAGCACCAAGACAAGUUCCUGCUCCUGAAUUUAUCAGAGAAGAGACAUGACAUCACCAGACUGAACCCAAAGGUGCAGGACUAUGGCUGGCCUGAUCUUCAUGCCCCACCUCUGGAUAGGAUCUGUGCUGUAUGUAAGGCCAUGGAGACCUGGCUGACCUCUGACCCCAAUAAUGUAGUGGUCCUCCACUGCAAGGGAAACAAAGGGAAGACAGGGGUCAUCGUGGCAGCCUACAUGCACUACAGCAAGAUAUCAGCAGGAGCGGACCAGGCUCUCACCACACUAGCCAUGAGGAAGUUCUGUGAAGACAAAGUCUCCUCUUCCCUACAGCCCUCGCAGAACAGGUACAUCUACUACUUUGGUGGUCUGCUGUCAGGUACCAUCAAAAUGAACAGCAGUCCUUUGUUCCUCCACCAGAUCCUCAUCCCCUCAUUACCAAACUUCCAGGCAGGAGGAGGUUUCUAUCCAUUCCUGAAGAUCUACCAGUCUCUACAGCUGGUUUACACCUCAGGCGUCUACGAUCCCCAGACCUCCAGGGCAAGGAAGCUGUGUGUGACUAUGGAGCCAGCACUAUUAUUAAAGGGGGACAUUAUGGUAAAGUGCUACCACCGACGGAGCCGAGCAGCAGAAAGAGAGGUGAUGUUCAGGGUCCAGUUCCAUACCUGCACCGUUCACGGAGCCCAGCUGUGGUUUGGCAAGACUGAACUCGACCUAGCCUGCACAGAUGACAGGUUCCCUCCUGAUGCUACAGUCGAGUUUAUCUUCUCUAACGGGCCAGAAAAAAUGAAAGGUCGCGAAUACCGCAAGAAUGACGCCUCCAUUAAAGUGGACUACAACACUUCAGACCCUGUGGUCAGAUGGGAUUCGUAUGAGAACUUCAACCUGCACCACCAAGACAGUAUGGAAAAUAUCGCUCAUACGAGGGGCCCUCUGGACGGCAGUCUGUACGCCCAAGUGAGGAAGCGUCGUGGACCGGGCUCAACUGCCUCAGCAGCAUCACCCAACGGUUGCCUUACCAGUAGCCCAACAGUGAAGUCACAAGCUCCCAGCCGGCCCCAGACUCUCACCUACACCCCUGACUCCAGCCGUUCUUCAGUGCCCUCUGAUCAUUUGGAUGAUCCUUCUACAGCUCACCUUGAAAGACAAAACACUGACUGUUCACUGAGGAGUGGAGGAGAAGAUGAAACAAGACAGAAAUCACGAGGGAAAGAAAGGGAUAGAGAGACAGCGAUUUUAGAUGAUGGAGACCCGUCAAGCGCAGGGGGGUUGAGGCGAGAGCAUUCAUGUUGUGGUCGAGCAGGUACAAAGUGUGGCGAUGUGGGAUGGGAGAGGGAGAGAGAGCCCUGCCUCUCUAAUGGUCACUGUGUUGGACGUUGCAACAGUAUUAAAAAACAUCCAAAAAGUCAAACUCUGCCGGCCUUACCAUCCAAAUCUGUGUCCCCUCCUCCUCAUCUGACUCGUAUGGAACUCUGCCAUCGCCAUAGCUCCCACCCUUUACCAGAGUUACCAUGGGAACGUCCACCGCCAACCCCAGCCUUGCCCUGUCUCCACAGGCCAUGUUUCCCUUAUUCCUCUCCUGAACACCCACACCCACACAGUCAUACCCUCCCAGCCUCAAACAGACUCUGCAGUGGGGACGAUUGUCACCUCUUCCAUUAUUCUAGCCAUGCCCCAUCCUCUCAUCUCUCCCACCAAUCACUGCCCUCUAGCCCUUACAGGGAAAUGUUCUUCGGCUCUCCAACACCUUCUUCUGGUUGUCCCUGUCGUGAGUGCUCCAGCAGGCGAGAGCACCAGUCAGCCUCAGUCAGAACAUUCCACCCAUUGCACCCAAACCAAUCAGAAAACCCACACUGGCCCCAAGGAGCAGGGAUACAACAGACAAUAGAGGCGCCUCCUCUAUGGGAAAGUGAAAAUCCAUGGGAAGUGGCAAGAGAGGCAGAGUUCUGGCAGUGCAAAUCAGCCAUGCCAGCAUUUCGCAUCUGCCACUCCACUUUGGACCAGGGUCCAAACCCGGAGCAGCCUAGAUUUGCCCUCGUACCUCACCAAAGCUAUCCCAGUCCCCAGUCUCUGAUGGAUAUGCGGGAUGGAGCCAGCAGUGGGUACCACACCCCUCCACCUCCCCGCCACUCUUGCCCCUGCUCUCCUUAUCAGUCAUCUCCAGCCGAAAGCCACGAGAGUCGGGGUUACGCCUCAGGGUACCACUCUGGGUCAGCCUCUCCUCUGCCUGCUAGUAGCCCCUCUCCUGGAAGAGGCAGGCUGCCCGAAACCCCCUCUGUAGCCAGAGAACAACAGCAUAUUGAGCAUCACAAAGUGGAAAAGGCCAAGGUUGGUGUGGAGGAUGACAUAUCCCAGGGUUCAGAGGGUAAAUCUGACUCUAAUGGCCAGUCAAGCACCCCUGGACUUGACUCUGAUCAUGACUACACACUUAUUGGUAGCAGCAGCCCCACACACACAGAAGACAGUGUAAACGCUGAUAGCACUUCUCAAAGCCACGAAAGCUUUACACCUCUGGAAUCCAACACAAAUAGCAACAAAACUACCACACCAGUACUGACAGAAACCCCAACCCAAUCUUCCAACAUAUCCAUGAGCUCCACAGAACAAUCAAGUGAGCCUUCUCAGAGUUUGAGCUCUGAGGGUAUGAGUGGAGAAGCCAAGGUUACAGGAAAUGCAGAGGGUACUAAUCAGUUACAAACUUCAACCCAUGCCGCGAUCAUCAUCACCCCAGUCCAAGUGCAACUCAAUGGCUCGACCCUUCCUGGUAAUACCCCAUCUAACAGCAGCAAAGCUGUAUCCAUGAAUCCUUCUCCCAGUCUCAGUUCUACCCCCUCCACCACUUCCCCAAAUUCUCCCAUUGACUCCCCAGACAUUCAGUCUCCCCCUCAACGCUCUUCGCUGGCUACAGACGCAGCAGGACAAAGACUGACUCCGGACAGAGACAGCUCGGUUGACACCAAACCGCCAUCACCUGUGCCCGACGGAUAUCAUACACCAACCUUCCCCUUAGCAUCCUAUUACUACCCAUUACUAAAUGUCCCCCAUGUCCCAUACACCGGGUACACUGCAGUCACUAUCCCCGCCUUUCAGCCACCGCUCCCAGAGAAGAAACGCCUUUCAUCAACACCAGGAUCCCUGAAUGGACACAACUCUCUUCUCCGGGUCUCCUCAGCUCCUUCCCCAACGCACCACGUUAGUUUCUCCCCCUCUGUGGGAGAGCAAAGACGAGGGUCUGCGCAGUCCAGCAGUAAGGAGGAGGCAGAUAUCAGGGUCAAUGCAAAGUUUGUCCAGGACAGCUCCAAGUAUUGGUACAAACCAGGCAUCUCCAGAGACCAAGCCAUAGCUGUAUUGAAGGACAAGGAACCAGGAACUUUCCUCAUCAGAGACAGUAACUCCUUCCAGGGGGCCUAUGGCCUGGCCCUCAAGGUGGCCACCCCUCCUCCUAAUGCCAACAUCACUGGCAGCAAAGGGGAUCCCCUGGAACAGCUGGUGAGACACUUCCUCAUCGAGACUGGGCCACGGGGAGUGAAGAUCAAGGGCUGUCAGAAUGAGUCCUACUUCGGAAGUUUAUCUGCCCUGGUGUACCAACAUUCAAUCACUCCCAUCUCUCUGCCAUGUGCCCUUCGCAUUCCAGAAAAAGAUCUGGUCGGGGAGCUUCAAGAGAUGCAGAGUGCAACAAACACGAGCACAGCGGCUGACCUCCUCAAACAAGGAGCAGCUUGCAACGUGCUCUACCUGAACUCUGUGGAGACCGAAUCGUUGACGGGGCCCGAGGCGGUUUCCAAAGCAACCAAAUGCACUCUGGCUCUGAGUCCACGUCCCAUGGCAACAGUGGUCCACUUCAAAGUGUCUGCUCAGGGCAUCACUCUAACUGACAGCAAAAGAAGGCUAUUUUUCAGGAGGCACUACCCAAUCAGCAGUGUGACUUUCAGCAGUCUUGACCCCCAAGACCAGAGGUGGACUAAUUGUGAUAGCACGUCAAGCAAGAUGUUUGGCUUUGUGGCCAGGCGGACAGGCAGUGCUACAGAGAAUGUGUGUCACCUAUUUGCAGAGAUGGACCCUGAACAACCUGCUGUAGCCAUUGUCAACUUUAUCAACAAGGUUAUGUUGGGGCCACAGCUACGCAGAUGAAGAUUCAAGAGAAUUUGAAAACUCUGGACUAUUGGAGAUAUAGGGCAGAUAUUCAUAUGAUUCUUACAUAUUUUCAAUGAAGUGUGUUUGUAACUACAUUUGUGCAGGUGGCACCACUGUGCUCGGCCCUGUGAUUGUUUUUAUAAGAGAAUCCAGUUGUGAUAGCUCACUGCUUUGUGGGGCAAAGUGUUUAUAUGUCAGUUUACAGAGCAAACAGUUACAGAGGGAUAGUUUGAUAAGCCAAAGACUGACCUAACUUUGGUAACCAUUGCCAAAUGAGAUUCAAAGAACAGGUUUUUUUUGUUUUUUUUUUUUGCUGUUGAUACAGUCAUUGUCAUUUUAUUUGUGUGACAUUUGUUAUCAUGUUUAAAACAGUUCACAUGACAAAUUUUACAAACUGCAUGAUUGACAAUCCAUUUAGCACAGAUUGUUAUUUGUAUUUAAGUCUAGAAGCAAAUGAUAAAGAAGGUAGGUAAUCUAGCUGAAUGCAAGAGUCAUGUUUUAAGGUGGACAGUGGUUUUAUUGAAAAAUUCUGACCUACCGCAAUAUGAAGAGGAGUUAAGUAUGUGAUCAAAUGAAGAGGUUAUGUAUUUUGAUUAACUAACAGGAAGUGUAUUUGGCUACAUGUGAACUCUGCGGUUACAUACACAUUUGUAACAAUGAGCAUUUUGUUCUUGAUGCAAAUAUACUAUUAAGAGUGUAUUAUUGUUGGCAUGAUAACCGCAGCUGUAGAGAUGUCAAACGCAUUAUGAUAAACCGACCUACAGGACAGGUUAAUGAUUUAACAAAACACUAAGUAAAAGGAGGUCAGCUUUACUUCACAAAUGUUAUUCAAAAAAUUUUGACAGAUCAUGAAUAUUAACUUUCCUACAGCUAUAAAUAAGAAAAUCAAGCGUUGCUUUGUGAAGCUAAAAAUGUCAUGAAAUCAAAGGAUGUUCACAUCUGAGGAAAACUACAAUGUCUACAACCUUAGUAAUGUCAUUUUAAACAGAGGAAGUACAUCAAAGACUCUCCAUAUCACAAGCCAGUGUGUAAAAUUAUGCUGUCAAACAGACGUAACAUAUACAUACAUAUGUACACAGACACUUACUCUUAGUCCUGUUAUAUUUGCUUUACUCACAGGCCAUAGUUAACUAACCAAGAUCCUUGGCAACACAUUAGUGAAUUAUAUUUUAGAGUCAAGUUUCACUUUAAGCCAAAGACUUAAUUAUAAUGUAAAGAUAUUUUGAAAGUUCGAUUUUUUUUAACAGUACUUUUUUUGUUGUUUGGUAUUUGUGUGUUUUCUAUAAACUGAGACAGUAGAUGACUUCAGCACAGUUAUUAUUUUUCAUAAUGGAUUUUUAUGUAAAAGAAGUAAUAUAUUUUAGGCCUCUGUGGUGGAUGAGAAGGUGUAUGGUGUAUGUCAUAUUUGACAGGAAAUUAAAGUCAUUAAAUCAA